GCUUGAGCUGCAGAGGAAGAGCGGUUGGAAUCGGGAGUGAGAAGCGACUUCUGCUGAAGAAACAAAUUGCGGCGGGCUCGCGAGCCCGACCGUGUCUUUCUGGCUUCAGUGAUGGCUCACGAAGCAAUGGAAUAUGAUAUUCAGGUGCAGUUAGAUCAUAAUGCUACAGAACAGCCUGCUCCGGCUGAAGUUGUCAGCAGCCAAGGGGAACCACCUCUGCUUCAACCUGCUCCUGCUGAAAUAAUCAACAGCAACGGGGAACCACACUUAGUGCAACCUGCUCCACAGGUGUCCAUUGACCUAACAGAGGAAGUGGAGCUCUUGGGAGAAGAGAAUGUGGAGAACAUCAAUCCAGAAGCUUCAGAGGAGCAUGGGCAGGGAUCUGAUGCUAACAGCACCGUCCGAGUGGCUUCAUUGGAGUCAAUGAGCAGCUUCAUUAAUGGGCUACAGAGACUGCAUGGCAUGCUAGAAUUCCUGAGACCACCUUCAGACUACAGUGUGGGGCCAGUGAGAGCAAGGAGGAGGAGGAGAGGGACUUCUUCACGCGGAGCAAGAGCCGGAGGGUCUCAGAGGACGGACAGUGCCAGGUCCAGAGCACCGUUGGACGCUUACUUUCAAGUGAGCAGGAGCCAGUCUCAUUUGCCAACUACCUCUCAUGAUUCAGGGACUAGUAAUCCUGUCUCUGAAGACUUGCAGGUAUCAAGUAGUUCCGAUUCUGACAAUGAAAGUUCCAUAGAGUAUGAAGAGGUUGUUGUCCAUGCAGAGGAACCUGGAGCUGCCAUUUUAGAUGAACAACCAGGAGAUAUUUCAGCAGAGCAAGAAGUUACAUGUAUUGGUGCAAGAGAGACACUCUCCACGCAGCAGUCUCCCAAGAAGUCCAGCUCUCUUCUACCUUUAGCUUCUACAGAUGAGGAGGAAGAAGGGGAUACUUGUACGAUAUGUUUAGAACAGUGGACCAAUGCUGGGGAUCACCGGCUUUCUGCUUUACGAUGUGGACACCUCUUUGGGUUUAGGUGCAUUUCUAAGUGGCUCAAAGGACCGACACGAAAAUGUCCCCAGUGCAACAAGAAAGCCAAGCACAGUGACAUUGUCGUCCUUUAUGCCCGGACCCUGAGAGCUUUGGACACUAGUGAACAUGAGCGCAUGAAAAGUACCUUACUACAGGAGCAGAUGCUAAGGAAGCAGGCUGAGUUAGAGACGGCACAGUGCAGGCUCCGACUUCAAGUCCUAACUGAGGAAUGCACUAAGCUUCAUAAUCGUGUCCAGGACUUGCAAAAACUUAUUCUGCAACAUCGGGAUCAGCUCUUACUGUGUCCCAAGGGCUCCCAAGCACAUUCGCUAAGCGGCUCUCCCUCCAGGCAGCCCCAGCACAAGUACUAUUUCGAGAAGACCUUCACAGUGUCUCAGAGUGGAAACUGCCGAAUUAUGACCUACUGUGAUGCCCUGAGCUGCCUGGUGGUGUCACAACCUUCUCCUCAGGCAACUUUCAUUCCAGGCUUUGGUGUUAAGAUGUUCAGUACUGCCAAUAUGAAAAGCAGUCAGUACAUCCCCAUACAUAGCAAACAGAUCCGAGGACUGGCUUUCAGCAGUCGGUCCAAAGGCUUGCUUCUCUCUGCUUCCCUAGACAACACAGUUAAACUGACCAGCCUGGAGACAAAUACGGUGGUCCAGACUUACAAUGCUGGACGUGCUGUCUGGAGCUGCUGCUGGUGUCUUGAUGAAAACAAUUACAUGUAUGCUGGACUGGUCAAUGGUUCAGUUCUGGUAUAUGACCUUCGAAACACAAGUUGUUAUGUCCAGGAAUUAGUACCUCAAAAAGCCAGAUGCCCAUUGGUAUCCCUGUCAUACAUACCCAGAGCUGCUUCGGCUGUAUUUCCAUAUGGUGGAGUGUUGGCUGGAACCUUGGAGAAUGCUUCCUUCUGGGAGCUAAAAAUGGGCUCUUCUCAUCGGCCUCACAUGCUGCCCAUAGAGCCAGGAGGCUGCAUAGACUUUCAGACAGAGAGCAGCACCCGACACUGUCUUGUGACCUACAGGCCUGAUAAAAACCACAACACCUUACGAAGUGUGCUGAUGGAGAUGUCCUACACACUGGAUGACGCUGGAGAGCCACUCUGCUCCUGCCAUCCUGUACAGACAUUUCUUGGGGGGCGCACUUGCAAACUACUCACUAAAAGUGCUGUUUUCCAAAGCCCAGAGAAGAAUGGCAGUAUCCUGGUGUGUACUGGGGAUGAAGCAUCAUAUUCUGCCCUGCUAUGGGAUGCUAGCAGUGGCUCCUUGCUGCAGGGUCUGCCGACUGAUCAGCCUGUCUUGGACAUCUGCCCAUUUGAGGCGAACCAUAGCAGCUACGUGGCUACUUUAACAGAGAAGAUGGUUCAAAUAUAUAAGUGGGAGUGACCAUGGUCUUGAAAUUUACAAGGAAGGCAUGCUGCUGGUUAAUGUUAAAUGUUGUUUGCUAACAGGUAACAACCUUGAGUAAGAUCCCUGCUUAUUGUCUGGCCUAGAACUUUUGGGAACAUGAUUCCUUUGGAUUAGUAUGAUUCUAAGACUCCAGGUCAGUGAAACACUACAGAUUGUGUAUUUGCUGUGUCCCAUCAAAAGAGUAAGUGACUGGUACUAUGUCUACAUUAUCCAUUUCUUGGGUUAAAGGCCUUCAGGAAUCUUUGUUGAAAAUCUAUACUUUCAAUCAGACUGUUUACUGGACUCCAGAGAGUAUCCUCCCAGCAGUCAUUUAGGAUAUGAUUGUACACCAACCAUUUUCUUGACCUGCUUGAGUGGUCUUGCAACAUGGGCUAUUUGGUUUGGAAAUGCUUUUGUCCCGGAAGGGACUAAUCAUUUGAUGUUGCUUAGAUGCAAUGUGGAUGCAGAAGUUUUCAGUUAAACACAAGAGGGCACUAUAGAACCUUGUAUAGGAUUUUAUCUAUUUCUGACCCUGUGGGUUGACAACAUUUUAGUAACUUGGUCUCAUCCCCACAGAAGUGUGUGGUAUAGCUCAUCUGGUCUACUUUGUAGCAGACACAGUUAUAUUCCAGUUGUGCAGUGCUGUGAUAUUGGCAAGCCCUGUGAUGGAGGCAGCGCGAUGGGGUAUUGACAACUUUCCUAAUGCUGAGGGCAUUAAGCUCAUUGCGUUGUGAGAGGCAAGGAAAGAGACCAGUUGUUCGAGUAAUGGGAAAGACAUUUUUCUAGCCAGCCUAGGAUCUCAGUAGUUUUAUAUAAGCCAAUACUUUGAAGACUAUUCCUUUUCCCUCUCAUUAGGAAAAGAUGAGCAAGCGAUAUAUUAAAACUCUUGAAUCCCCUAGUAUAUCAGGAGCAAUGGGCUAACUUUGUAAAAGAGACUUACAAAAGAGAAGCUGCCCAGACUGCUGCUGAAGAUGGGAGAAGGGCCUGUCGAGUUCCCAUCAGAAUAAAACCUCCCCUUGGGAGUGAGGGGCUGUUCUUCAAUAUGUUUAGAAUUCCCAUGUAAAGCUUUCCCCAUGUGAAAAUGAUUUUUGAUUCCAAAUUUCUUUUUUCUUUCUAAUAUUUUAAAAAAUAUUUUUAUUAUUACUGAUUU